AUGUCUCAAAAACACCCCUAUCGUAGCCUCCAUGUUCCCAACGAUGCGCCCUUCAAAUUGAAGCCAUCUCCGGGAAAAGGGUGGGGUGCAUUCGCCACGAGACGAAUUGAGCAAGGGGCCAUGAUUUUGAAAGAGAAGCCACUCUUCGUGCUCCGAAAGCCGCAUCAAGAGAUCACGGAAGCUGAUAUACGAGCAGCCUUUGACCGGCUGGGGCCGAGUGAGAAACGACAGUUCCUGCUACUCCGCGACAACGGCUCGAGCCCUUUCUCGAACAUGGAACGACUCUGCGCCGAGAACUCGUUUACAUUGUCAACCAACUCUCCAGGACAUGGUCUGUUCCUCCUUCACUCGCGCUUCAACCAUUCAUGCGUACCCAACUCGAAGGUCCCGACCACGGGUGACGAGGUUAUCGUGAGCUAUGCGACCAGGGACAUCGAUGCCGACGAGGAGAUCACUUUCUGUUAUAACACGGACUUCGAAUGUAGGACCAGACAUGAACGCCAUCAAGCACUGCGCUUUACAUGUGACUGCAAAGCCUGUCUGACCGGUACCCCCUUCCAGCAAGUCAGUGAUAUGCGACGAAGACUCCUUCGAGGCUUACAGUACCUUACGGUCGGCGUGGAUUUGGAUGGACGCCGACAAGAUUCUACGCUAAUCAUCGACUCCAAGCUGAAAAAGGCAGCCCAAGAUUCCAGUAUCCCUCUCUCGUCUAGGUUGUUCUAUUAUCUCCUGACCAUGUGUCUACUGGCAGAGGAGGGGUUACUGGACGAUUUCAUGGUCGAAAGAUACAAACCUGCCAUUGAAACAGCAGUUGCCUUGUUUCGGACAGAAAGCAACGUUGUGAUCGUCCGGCACGUCAUGGCUCAGAAAAGCUGGCUAGGGAAGUGUGGCAUGGCAACGAGACUCUAA